AUGGAUAUCAUGAAGAUAAUCUAUGUCGAUGAUAUGGUAUUUACUGGUGAUGAUAUUGUUGAAAUGGGUAAAUUACAAAAGUACUUAGCUUCAGAGUUUGAGACGAAGGACUUGGGGGCUUUGAAAUGUGCACUAGCAGAAACCCUUAUUGUGCACAAUCAUUACCUAGCAAUCUAUCCUGAUCAAGUGCCAACCAACAAGGAGAGAUAUCAUAGCCAGUUCAUGCUUUCUCCUACUGAGGAUCACUUAGCUGUAGUUAUGAGGAUUUUGAGUUAUUUAAAGAAAGCUCUAGGCCGAUGCUUGAUAUUUAGAAAACCAGGACAUUUGGACGCCAAGGGUUAUAAAGAUGCAGAUUGGGCAGGUAAUAUAACAGAUAGAUGUUCUACAUGA